AGCACGAUCUAUCACGACGAUCAGCGCGUAUCCCUGACAAAAGCACACAGACAGCUCGUAUUCGCGGCUGCAAAGCUCGAGCUCAGAAAGAUCAGCAAUGGCGUUUCUCUCGCGGUCGAGGAGCCACGCUGUCCCCUCGGCGCUGCUGGUGCUGCUGCUCUUGUCGGUGGCCUCGGCGGCCGCGGUGGGCGUGGCGGCCAAGACGGACGUCCACGACGUCGCGGAGGAGAGCAACAAGGACGAGGAGUCAUGGACGGGCUGGGCCAAGGACAAGAUCUCCGAGGGGUUGGGGCUCAAGCACCAUGCCGACGUCGACGAGGAGGAGACCGCGCGCAAGGCUGGCCACACCGUCAAGUCCGCGCGCGAGUCCGCCCAGCACACCGCCUCCGAGAUAGGGAAGAAGGCGGGGUACGCCAAGGAGACGGCGGGAGAUGCCGCGGCCGGCGCGUCGAACAAGGCCGGGCAAGCCAAGGACCAGGCUAAGGACACGGUGAAGGACGCGGCCGGCGAAGCGUCCAACAAGGCGGAGUACGGCAAGCAGAAGACCAAGGAGGCCGCCGAGGCGGCGAGCGAGAGUGGUGCCGAGGCGCACGAGCGGUCGAAGAAGGGCAAGGCCAUGGUCGAGGAGAAGGCCCGAGAGAAAGCCGGGCAGGGGUACGAGAGCGCCAAGGACGCGGCCGGCAAGGCGCAGGAGACGCUGAGCCAGACCGCGGACGCGGCGGCGGAGAAGGCCGGGACGGCCAAGGACGCGGCGUGGGAGAAGGCGGACAAGGCCGGCAAGAAGGCGCAGGAGUCCAAGGAGGCGGCCAAGGGGAAGGCAACGGAGAAGGCGGCGUCCGCCAAGGACGCGGCGUGGGAGACGGUGGAGGCGGCCAAGGAGAAGGCCGGCGAAGGGUAUGAGAGGGUGAAGGAGAAGGCGCGGGAGACGGCGGACACGGCCAAGGAGAGGCUGGAGGAGGUGAAGGAGAGGGUCGCUGGGCCCGACGUCGCCGCCGUCGACGGCAAGGGGAAGCACCGGAGGGCGGACGUGGACAAGUACCGGUCGGAGUCGGAGGACGAGCUGUGAGGAGAGCCCGCCGCGGCGGGUGAUGUUUGCAUUCAGUGUCCAGGUCGUUUUCAGCGUGUUCAAAGCUAGUUUUUUUUUUCUUUCCUACACGGAUCUGUAUACUAGUCUUCUGUUUCAGCCUCGACCAUAUGCUGUUCCUGCUCUUAGUACAAUAAUCUGAUGACAUGCACACAAACUUCGCA